GUUCUACUUCCGAUAUUUUGGCGGAAAAAUUUGAUUUGCAAGGCUGGUAAUUUCGUGAUAAUUCAUAACGGAAAAUGACUUCCGUUCUGGGAAAACGUAAGAAGAAGCUACCAAAAUGUCCGAAUCCACUGUUUGAACGCUGGCUGCAAGAAUGGAGAGACGAGGCAGCAGAGAAAGGAUGGAAGUCACAGUAUAUCUACAGCAAGGCGCUCAAGUCACUGAAAUGUUUUCCACUCCACCUCGACACAGGGAAAGACUGCAAAAUACUGCAAAACUUUGGUGACAAGAUAUGCAAGAUGCUUGAUGACAGACUGACAAAGCACAUUGAAACCUAUGGUAGUUCUGAUGCUGUACCUCAAAGUGAAGAGGAUGGAGACAUGCUACCUCCCCCUCACUCCAAAAAAACAACCAAUCAAUCAGCACCAGCAACACAUGCUAUUCCAGCCAAUGACAGUUCGCAUAUUAGACAGACAGUCCCAUCAGCAUCAGCAACACAUGCAUCAUCAAUGUCUAACUCCAUAGACACCACUGGGAGUAUUUCAUUGGGCUCUGAUGAGGAACAUGCAGGAAGACCACAGAGAAAACGCCGGAAGUCAUCCGGAAGUAAAGGCUCCAGAGAUUACAUCCCAGCGUUCCGAUCUGGAGCCUAUGCUAUCCUGCUGAGCUUGUACAGAAAUAUGCAGGACCCAGACACCAGGGGCUUCAUGACAAAGGCUGAGAUUGUGAGAGGAGCCCAGCCUCUCGCUGACAAGUCAUUUUCAGUGGCAGACCCAGGCUGCCGGUACACGUCCUGGUCCUCGAUGGGCACACUGAUCAAGAAGGGGCUCAUCAUCAAGGAGAGCAGUCCGGCAAAAUACAGUCUGACGGACACAGGGUGUGAGUUAGCUCACCGUCUCGAGGUUGUGGACAAUGGAGGGGAGAUGACCGAUGUGUCCAGCACACAUACACGUGUCCCUCCACUGCCCUCCCGCAUCCCCCCUCAGCUGCCAUCUCUGCAUGCAAUGUCAGACAGUGAAGGGGAGACGACUGCUCCCACGUACAGGAACCCUGCUCGUCUACCUGCCCUUCAUGCGAUGUCCGACAGUGAAGGGGAGACAACUGUUCCGACUUACAGGAACCCAGCUCGUCUACCUGCCCUUCAUGCUAUGUCUGACAGAAAAGGGGAGACAACUCCAUCACUACCUCCAGCUGCUUCAAAGUCAGCAGCAACCAAGUUGCGGUACUGGUACGUGACGGAGGAUCUCCGUCUGGUGACAAAGAAGGAGGAGGCUGCUGUCCUCAUUGAUGAUGUAAUAUCAAUAGGUUACCUGGUGAAGUGUAACUACCAGUGUUUGAUUGAGUCUGGGAAAAAAUACAAGCUUGACACCACGAAACGGCUCGGGGAAGACUUUGUGUAUGCCUACAUUUGUGACCGUGACACAGAUGAUCUGUCUACACCUCCUGAGGAGACUUUGAAACCAGGAAAAAACUCAAAGGCAAAGGCCAAAACUCGAGCUCCAAAGACAAAGAAAAUUGUUGAUGCAAACACAUGUAGUUCAACAGUGUCAAACAGUAGCUCACUACGAGAUCGCCUCCUUGGAAGUGCUCCCACAAUAGACCCUUCACCUGGUGACCAAGAAACACUUCAACACAAUGUUCACACUUCUGAUGAGCUUUUCACGGCCUCAUCGCUACAACACAGAGCUGCUCCAAAGUUCAAGUCAACUUUCCCAAGUCCAGGCAAGUCCAGACGUGUGGAGGAGGGGGAGGAGGAGACGCUGCCCGACAUCACCCCUGCAUUCUCCGCAGCAGGAUCCCAAGCCUCGUCCGUCACUAGCGCCAGCUCCAGCUUGCCACCCCCAGACUUCAGCCUCACCCCCGGGUCCUUUGAUGUAGUGCUGUGCGUGGACAAUCGCGAGUUCUAUGGAGGGAGCAAGUCACAGAGUAAGACGCUGCUGCCGGAGCUGAUAAAGAACGGUGUGGAGUGCGACCUGCGGGAACUGCAGAUUGGGGACAUGUUGUGGAUAGCCAGGGAGAGGCUGCAGCCCCAGCCAGGGCAGCUGCAAAGGCCCAAGGGGAGAGAACUUGUGCUGGACUUCAUCAUUGAGAGGAAGAGGAUGGAUGACCUCGUCAGCAGUAUGAUAGAUGGCAGGUUCAGAGAGCAGAAGUUCCGCCUGAAGCGUAGCGGCAUCGCCAACGCCAUCUAUCUGAUUGAAGACUACGGAUCACUGCAGCACUUCAGCAUCGCUGAAGACAGGAUAAAGCAGGCCAUCGUCAACACGCAGGUUAUCGAUGGCUUCAAGAUGAAGAGGACCAGUGGUGUGAAGGAGACUGUGGCGUACCUCACUGUCAUGACCAGGUAUCUGCAGAGCUUCUAUAGGACCAAGUCCCUCCAGGCAUGUACACCGGAGAUGUUGCGAGAACUGGAUGGCAGUUUCCACAUUGAAGAAUCCGAGAAGCUUCUCACAACGUUCCAGCAUUUCAAUUACGCCUCCGUGAAGAGCAAGGAUCUAACUGUACGGGAGUUGUUCGGUAAACAGCUGAUUCAGUUACAUGGGAUGUCAGCAGACAAGGCCAAGGCCAUCACCGACAGAUACCCUACCCCAACAAGUAUCUUCCGAGCAUAUGACCGAUGCAUCUCCCAGAGAGAGAAAGAAGGGAUACUGGCAAAUAUUAAAGCUGGCAAGGGAAUGAGGAAUCUUGGAUCUGCUCAAAGUAAACAGAUUUACCAGCUGUUCUGCAUAGAAGGCGCCCUCACGUGAUUGCUGGGGAAAUCUCUGACAUAUUUUCUUGAUAUUUCAAAUGAAAUUGAUUCUCCUCAAUUAAAUUCUGCUGAACAGUGAGAACAACAACUGGAGACUUUAGUUUAAUGGUUUCAGUCCUCUAUUUAUCAACUUCCACCAUUUUGACUGAUUGCAAGCAUGUGAUAUUUCCAUCUAAAGUCGGGAAUUAUUUUUUCCCCAAUUCAAUAUGAUAAUUUCUGGUGAAAAAUAUCGGAGGUUUUAAAGCUUUAUAAGUUCUCAGCUUUUCCGUGAUUUUUCUCAUCCUUCUAUCUGAUGCCUGUGAUUGUUCACUUCUGUUAUUUUCGUCAACUAUAGUUGAUCUGUAUAUGGAGGUAAUUCUUCAGGGAAAUACUGGUGGGGUCACACCUAUACAUCUUUGAAAAUAUAUAUGAAGAUAGCGUGCGAUAUCAAGUGUAAUGUGAUUACAUUGAUAAAUGUCAUGUUUUGUGAUGAAGGUUAUUGACAUAACGUUGAAAUAAUGACCACUUGAUGCAACAGAAGUUUGUUUCUAAAUUUCUUGUUAGGAAAAUAAAUUGAUACUAUCAUGCUUUAUUCAUCUGUGAAUGGAUUAUGCAUG